AUGUCGAGCCCAGCUGCAAAGGAGGCGGGUCUCGAGUACACGCCCGUCGACCAGAUCCCCAAGAUUGUGGCCGACCUGCGCGCCAACUUCCUCACGGGCAAGACGCGCUCCAUCGAGUACCGCAAGAACCAGCUCAAGCAGCUCGCCUUUAUGCUCAAGGACAACUCCGACGCCUUUGUCGAGUCGAUCCGCAAGGACCUCGGCCGCUCCAAGUUUGAAUCCGUCUUUGCAGAGAUCAUGGGCUGCACAAACGAGUGCAUCGAGGCCAUCAACAACCUCGACAAGUGGGCCAAGCCCAAGAAGCCCUGGGCCGGCGUCGCCUGGGCCAUGCACGGCGCCACGGUCCGCAAGGAGCCCAAGGGCACCGUCCUCGUCAUUGGCGCCUGGAACUACCCGCUCACCGUCCAGCUCGGCCCCAUCAUUGGCGCCAUCGCCGCCGGAAACACCGUUAUCCUCAAGCCCUCGGAGGUGGCCGCCCACACCGCCCGCCUCAUCGCCGAGCUCUACCCCAAGUACCUCGACCCCGAGACGAACCGCUGCGUCAACGGCGCCAUCCCCGAGACCACCGCCCUCCUCGACCAGCGCUUCGAGCACAUCUUCUACACCGGCAACGGCACCGUCGGCCGCAUCGUGGCCGAGAAGGCGGCAAAGUGGCUGUGCCCCACGACCCUCGAGCUCGGCGGCAAGUCGCCCGUCUACGUCGACGAGAGCGCCGACCUCUCGAUCGCCGCCCACCGCAUCCUCUGGGGCAAGGCGCUCAACUGCGGCCAGACGUGCAUCGCCCCGGACUACAUCCUGGUCCCCCGCAAGAUCCAGGACCCGCUCAUCGCCGAGCUGAAGAAGGUGCACGACAAGUUCUACCCCGAGAGCCAGGGCGGCAUCAAGGGCUCCGCCAGCUACGGCCGCAUCAUCAACACGGGCCACUGGAAGCGCCUCAACGGCAUGCUCGCCGAGACCAAGGGCGAGGUCGUCCUCGGCGGCGAGGGCGACGAGGCGUCCAAGAUGCUCGCGCCCACCGUCGUCAAGAACGUGUCGGGCCAGGACGCCAUCAUGCAGGGCGAGAUCUUUGGACCCAUCCUGCCCAUCGUGCCCGUCGACGACAUCAAGGCCGCCGUCGACUUUAUCAACGCCCGCGACCAGCCGCUCGCCCUCUACCUCUUUGCCGGCGACCGCAAGGUCAAGGAAUACUUCUUUGACCACACCCGCUCGGGCGCCGCCGUCCAGGGAGACACGCUGCUCCACUUUGCCAUCGACUCGCUGCCCUUUGGAGGCACCGGCCCCUCGGGCUACGGCAACUACCACGGCAAGUGCGGCUUCGACGCCUUUAGCCACGAUCGCGCCAGUCUCGACGCCCCCUCGACGGGCUUCCUCGGCAAGAUCAUCGAGAUGGCCAUGGCGCCCAGGUACCCGCCCUACUCGGACUCGAACCUCAAGCAGUUCCAGCUGCUCGUCGGCAAGUCGCUCAACUUCUCCAGGCCCAAGAAUCCCAACGUCAGCACCUCGGCUGCCAAGACAGGCGGCCUGAGGAAGCGCCUCGCCAUCCUGGUCCUCCUGAUCUCGUUGGUGCUCGGUGCGCGGUCCCGCGGUCUCCUGACGCUCUGA